UUCCUCUCUCUUUUCCCUUCACGCUUCACGCCUGGCCAUCAACUUCUCUUGCCUUCAACUGGGGCCAAUCACCUCGCUUCCCAUACAGCUCUAAAGAUCUGUGUUUUCGUGCAAAUUAAAGAUAAAUGACUAGGACAUGGCUAGGAAAUGGGGUUGGUUUUCUGCUGUGAAGAAAGUUAUCAAUCCUGCUGAUUCCAAGAAAGAUCAGAAAAACCAUAAGUUGAAGGCAACAUGGUUUGCCGGACCCGCAGAUUUGGAUCCAGCUCUCUCAUCACCAAAAGUAGAACCGACAUUUGAUGCCGCUCCUCCUCUUCCAUCUAUUGGCACUGAGGAAGAGAUCAAUGAAAAUAGCAAGCAAGCUUAUUUGGUGGAUGAUGCCACUGCAGUUGUUGCAGCAGAUGCUGCUAUUGCUGAUGCAGAGGUUGUUCAUCCAACAAGUCAUCAGCCUCAGUGCUCGGUGAAGACAAAGGAAGAAAUAGCAGCUAUCAAAAUUCAGACGGCAUUUCGAGGGUAUUUGGCAAGGAGGGACUUACAUGCAUUGAGAGGGUUGGUGAGGUUGAAAACAAUGAUACAAGGGCAUUCUAUUCAACAGCAAGCAGCAGCCACCUUGCGAUGCAUGCAGACUCUUGCCAAGGUGCAAUCUCAGAUUCGUGAGAGGAGAAUCAGAAUGUCUGAGGAGAACCAGUCCCUUCAGCGGCAACUGCAGCGGAAACAAGAAAAGAAUAAGCCUCAAACCACAGCGGGAGAAGAAUGGGAUGAUAGCACGAAAUCUAAGGAAGAGAUCAAAGCGAGAUUGUCGGACAGAAAAGAGGCAGCUACGAGAAGAGAGCGAGCUCGGACUUACUCAUCCUUGCACCAGCAAAAAUGGAAGAAGGCUUCAAAAUCUGGGAAUAGGACGCUUGCGGCUAACAUGAAUCCAGACUGGAGUUGGAGUUGGGGGGAGCGAUGGGUGGGAUCACGGCCAUGGGACGAGAAGGAGGUUGCAUCCAUGGAGAGUGAAGCAAGGCGUGGCAGCGGUUCAGUGGGUGAUCACCGCCAUGCCCAAAAACCAAGCCGGCCUCCCAACCCACAUUCGGCAAGGCCUGCAUCGAGAAACAGCGAUAAUGAGGAAGAGUCAAGGGCCCGACAGCACCAGCGGAGGCAUAGCAUCGCAGAAUGGUCAAUAGUGAAGGGCAAGUAUUCUUCUUCAGCCUUAAAGCUAUGCGGUCCCUCUACGACCAGGAGGCCCUCCUUCCCGUCGUCUGCUUCAAAAAGGCACUCGUGUCCUCCUGAGAUGCAAACUUUCUUGGAAAACCAGAAAGCAAGACUAGAAUUCAACUCAUAACACAUUGUUAGAUGGCCUGUAGGUCAAGUCUUCUUUUGACAAGGGGCAUGAGGAGUGAAUCAGGAAAUGCCCUCUUCUUAAUCACUUUCUGUCCUUCCCUCCUUAACCCACCUCAUCUUCUUUAACUGUUUCCUCUCCCCACUCGUGCGUACCGUUGCUAUUUGUAACAUUCUAAUGAUAUGUUUGGAUGGAUAUGAAUUUGAAUUUGAGUCAAA